AACGUAACUGCUCCCAAUGUUAUAUACUAAUCACAAGCCUCACUUCAAGGACUCAAACCAUCCCCUUCCACCUACUCCUCUUCCCUUCCUUCCAUCUUCACUGAAUAAAAUAAUUUUCAGAUCUGCUCAAUCAUGGCACCAAUCAAACUCUAUGGAAACCCUUUCUCAACAGCCACCAUGCGAGCAUCUGCUUCCCUGCACGAGAAGGAGGUUGAGUUUGAGUUUGUUCAAGUUGACAUGAAAAAUGGUGAACACAAAAAGGAGCCCUUCCUUUCCCUUAAUCCUUUUGGCCAAGUUCCAGCGUUUGAAGAUGGAGAUUUGAAGCUCUUUGAAUCAAGGGCAAUAACUCAAUAUGUUGCUCACGAGUAUGCUGACAAGGGGACCCCACUGAUAAGCAACGACUCGAAGAAGAUGGCAAUAUUGAGGAUGUGGAUAGAAGUAGAGAACCAUCAGUAUGAUCAAGCAGCUUCAAAACUCGUGUGGGAGCAGGUGGUAAAGCCUAUGUAUGGGAUGACAACGGAUCCAGCAGUAGUGGAAGAGCACGAAACCAAGCUAGGAACUGUUCUUGAUUUCUAUGAGAAGACAUUGUCAGGGUCCAAAUACUUGGCAGGAGAGUGCUUCACCUUGGCGGAUCUGCAUCACCUUCCCACCAUUAAUUACUUGAUGAGCACACAGAGCAAGAAGUUGUUUGAAUCACGACCCCAUGUUAAUGCAUGGGUUUCUGAUAUUACAGCAAGACCAGCUUGGUCUAAGGUCCUUUCCAUGCUAAAGCGAUAAAUAAGGACGAGGGAGGACCAUUUCAGAUCGAACAUAUAUAUAUGUUCCCUGAAAACUUCAAAGAUGAAACUACUUUUGUUAUAAUAAAUUCAUCAACUUUUGUUGCCCCCUCUAUGGAAGGGAAAUAAUUGUUCUUGUGUUACUAGCAGAAAGACAGGCACUAUCGUGACUGUGUGUCCGCAUUUCUAUUGAAAUAAUGUAUUUCUAUCGAGUUAAGUUUGAUUUUGUCUA